GUGCUGUGGGCAACCUGUUACAAGUGGUGACAGGAGUAUAGACAGAGACAGGAGCUACGUUUAGUUCUGAAGCGGCGGGAGUUCAUUCGCCAGGCGUUACUACGGCUCGCUGUCACACGCGCCAGGUGUUAGCACGCAAGUGGAUUUGUAAGUACUGUACGUUAUCGUUUCUUUCGUGAUUGUAUGGCUCAACAACAGGAGGAGGGACAGCAAGCAGUCCAGCAGGCUCAGCUCCUACAACGUGUAGUAUCUGUUCCAGAGAAAUUUGAGGAUGGAGAUGUUGAGAUGUGGGUGGAGCGUUUCGAUCUUACUGCGACGGCAAAUGGUUGGGACGCUGACAUGAAACUACGGUUGUUACCGACUCUUCUGAAGGGAAGGGCGUAUGCUGUCUAUCGACAGAUGACGGCGGAGCAGAAAGGAAACUAUGCGGAGCUUACGACUCAUCUCAAGCGCGUGUUUUCGCCUACUACGAUUGAGAGUCGUCGUCUCGCACGUCCACAAUUUAUGUCUCGCUGUUGGAAGUCGUCUGAGGCACUGGAGGUGUAUGCGCAAGAUUUGGAGACUCUUUUGACGAAGAGGAUGCCAAAUUUGACAGCAGAGCUGCGUGACCAGCAGUUGAUGGAUCCCUUGGUCGUCGAAGCUUUGAUCAACAACGCACCGUCCUUUGCCGGAGAGUUGGACCUACACCCUGAGGCGAGUUUUCAGGCGGCGGUGAUCAGAGCACGUGAAUUGAUGUUGUUAGAGCGGAGGAAACUCGGAAAGCGGACGGAUGGUCAAGUUCGAGCGAUUGCAGAUCGUGCGAGUAUUGAUGUGAGCUUGGCGGAACGACUGGAUCGGAUUGAGCAAGCGUUGCAGUCGGUGAGUGUAAUCGGUGCGUCCGUCACUCCAGAUUCCAAGCGUGUAGUUCCCAUGCGGUGGCAGCAACAAAAGGCGGGACGUCCCUGUUUUGCUUGUGGUGGGGAAGGACUUGUCCGCAGCAAUUGUAAACAAGUUACAAUCAGACCAUGUUUUGUUUGCCACAAGACUGGGCGCUUAACUCGUGAUUGCCCUCAACGGAUGCAGCAAUCAGCAGCAGGACGAAGAUUCACGUUGCCUCAACAAUCAGAGGGUAGAAGUCAGUCUACAGCAGCAGGUGUUGUGAGAGGGCGUGGUCAACGUAGUCAAGUGAAUGUUGUUGCAGGUGUAACGGAGACGUCAUUGAUGCUCAAUCUUGAGCUAAACCACAACAAUGCUUCUUGCCUAGUAGACACAGGAGCAGUAGUCUCUAUUGUUCCUGACCACAUGGUAGACCAAACAUUAAUGUCAUCUUUUCCUUCAUGUCAAGAACCCAAGUUGACAACAGUAACAGGAGAUCCAUUGGAAGUGAUUGGACAAGUGAGCAUAGAGGUGAAAAUAGGCCACUGGCAUACCAUGCACAAGUUUGUUGUGGUACAAUUUGACACUUGUCCUAUAAUUGGGUCGGAUUUUCUCCUAGACCAUGGAAUGAUCCUGGAUUUGGCUCAAAAACGCUUAGAGUGGAGCGGAACUGUAGCUGAGCUUUCCACACCACUACGACGAUCAAAAUUUAGUGUGGUGCUGGAUGAACACUUGGAGGGAGCAGGAGAACGAAUAAUCGCUAAAGCUAAAGUUGUUCAUGAAGGAACUGGCAGUGUAGAGCCUGGAACUUGGCUAAUGGAGCCAGAUACCUUAUUUAUUGAGAGAACAGGAGUACAUGUUGCUCGAGCUUUAGUAGAAGUGAAGCAACAGGGUGAUGAAAUCAUACCAGUUGAACUAUUAAUCCUGGAUGGCCCAAGACGAUUGUGGAAGGGCACAAGGCUAGGCGAACUGUGCGAUGUUGAUGUGAAGUGUAUUGCAGCUUGUGGACUGAGUGAGGGUCCGGAGAAAAAGGCAUCAGAAACACUGAAUGCAGAAUUCUUAAAGCAAUUUGAUUGGUCGGAUUCAGCUCCGAGUCCUGAGGAAAGCCUCACAUUACAUCAGUUGUUGAGUGGUUAUGAAGAUCUGUUUUCGAAGGGACCACAUGACAUGGGUAGAACUCAAGUUGCCACUCACACGAUACCAACUGGUUCAGCCAGACCAGUUCGUCAGUUGCCAAGACGAGUGUCAUCUUUCCAACGGCUGAUGGACUUAGUUCUUUCUGGCAUACAAGGCGUGGCUUGUCUUGUUUACCUCGAUGAUGUGCUUGUCUUCUCAAAGUCCUUUGAUAGUCAUCUUGAGCGGCUUACCAAUGGACUUCAAUGCUUACAGAAAGCUGGACUAAAGCUUCGCCCAGAAAAAUGCCAUUUUGCGAAAAGUUCGGUGGAAUAUUUAGGCCACGUGGUGUCAAAGGAUGGGUUGAAACCGGCAGAGCGGAAUCUAAUGGCUGUAAGGAACUUUCCAGUUCCUCGAGAUAUGGCAGCUGUUCGACGCUUCCUAGGUUUGGCAGGGUAUUACCGCAGGUUUAUUUCAGGAUUCUCAGUGAUGGCUGCUCCAUUGUUUCGAUUGCUUCAACGCAAUAGUUGUUUUGAGUGGACAGUCGCAUGCAAUGAAGCCUUUGAAUGUCUGAGAUCAUGUUUGGUGAGUGAUCCUAUUGUGGCUUUUCCGGAUUUGAGUCCUGAAGCAAAUCCUUUUCAAUUGGCUACUGAUGCGUCUGAUUGUGGUAUAGGAGCAGUGCUAUCUCAAUGCCAAAACGGAGUAGAGCGUGUUAUUGGGUAUGCAAGUCGUACUUUGAGGAAGCCUGAACGAAACUACUCUACUAUUGAAAAAGAGGCACUAGCAAUUGUGUGGGCAGUGUCAUAUUUCAGGCCAUAUCUCUAUGGUAACCAGUUUGUGUUAACAACUGAUCACAAACCGUUGUCUUGGUUGAAGUCUUUCAAAGAGCCUAAGGGAUGCAUUGCUAGAUGGAUAAUGCAGUUAGAGGAAUACAACUGGCAAAUUCAACACCGACCUGGUCGUGAGAAUGUUAAUGCAGAUGCUUUGUCUCGAGAUCAUCCAGUUCAGAGUACAGAGGAGCAGGGAGAGUUUGAGUGUCCAGAAAGCAUGUUCCCACCUAGUUUUCAAGAUGACCUCAGCAGACAAAGUAAGCCAGUUUCUAGUGUUGGAAUAACCAGAUCUGCCCAAGAGUUACGACAAUUGCAAGAAGCCGAUCCAUUACUCUCACUAGUGAUGAAUGAUUUUCCUAGGAGGAGGCAGGUGCCAACACAACGGGCAAAGAAUCGACGCUGGUUGGCAUUAAAGAAGAUUUGGCCUCAACUACAAAUGGAAGAUGGAGUACAAGGCAGGAAUGUCAUCAAAGUCAAAAGCGGUUGGUGUUACCAAAUGCUUUGGUUGCUGAGGUCUUAGAACACU